AUGGAGGAACAGUUAAAUGUGGUUCUUGGUCAGACCCUGGAAACUGCAGAUACCAUUCUCUGGGGUCAGAAAUGUUGCUACAAGGAACGUCCAUCCCGAGGGAACAAUAUCUCGGAGCAUCAUUCCAAGGACACACUAGGAGGAAAAACGGCUGGAUCUUUCCCAGUAUUCUCACUUUUGUCCUUUAUCUUGAUACAUUUGGUGUUAUCUUCUGUUUCAGGCCCUAGACACUGGUGGCCACCACAUGGAAUUAUUAAGGUGAAAUGUCUGUAUGAGAAAGUAAAGUUGAGUUGGUACAAUGGAACAAUCAACCCCUGCCCUGGCUUAUAUCAACCCAUCCGUGGUACCAGUUUUAUAAUCUAUGAUAAUCCCUGCAUCCUGUGUGUUGAGAGCUUGAAAUCUCAUGGAAGAAUCAGGUUUUACCGUGAUGGAAAAUGUUAG